CCUUGACAUCGCAAACCAAACCACACGAUUCAACAUUUCAAGAACACUUAAAAAAUGAGUCCCCCACAGUUACCAAACCACCACCACAUGGUAGUUCUACAAGGCGACUUUUUCUACGCCCCAGAGUUGAUCCUUCCUGAACCCUACACGUACACGAAAACAGUGUACCCCCAAACCACACUAGCCAAUCUCCACGAGCGCAUCCAUGAUGCGUCCAUUCUAGUCUUGUGCGCAUUCCCCGUCGACGCGGUUGCACUAUCCGAAGAAAAAACCCCGUAUCUCAAGCAUGUCGUGAUCGUGGCCUCUGGCACCGACUGCGUCGAUCUAGAAGCAUGCAGAAAACGGGGCAUUGCUGUCACUAAUUGCCCCGGUGCAAAUAUCGCAGCUGUAUCUGAACAUGCGAUUGGACUUUACUUCACGACACGACGGAAGAUCGUGGAUAUGAAUGCUGAAACCCGAGCCGGGGAAUGGAAGAAAAGGAUUCUGAUGUUUCAAUUUCUAGAUAAGGAUGGAAUUCCGCCCUUGACGUGCGAAGAGGAGGUGGUUGGGAUCAUUGGGAAUGGCCGCGUAGGGAAACGAAUCGCUCAUCUUGCUCAGGGACUAGGUAUGAAAGUUCUGAUUUCUGACCGGAAAAAUCCUGGGGGUAUUGGUAGCCCCAUUAGUGAAGGGAGGACUCCCUUUGAGGCAGUUAUCAAGCAGAGCACAGUGCUGUUUCUUGCGAUUCCGUUGCAUGAGACUACUCGGAACCUUAUCUCGACCCCGGAGUUGGAAGCUAUGUCGCCUCAUGCCGUACUGAUCAAUGUCUCUCGCGGUGGCGUUGUAGAUGAAGAAGCAUUGGUGAGAGCACUGCGAAAGCAUCAGAUUGCUGGAGCAGCGACAGACGUGUUCUUGAAAGAGCCCGCUGGGCCUGAUAACUCUCCUUUGCUGGCGGAGGGGACCGAGGAUUUGAAUUUGGUGGUGACGCCUCACUUAGCAUGGUUGUCUCAACGGACGGCAAAAGGCUAUUCGAAGUUAUUUAAGGAUGCAGUGGAAGGAUGGUUCACAGGAAAUCGGCCGAAUGUUGUAGUAUAAAUUGAACUUCUCUGUAUAGAGAUGGCUUAUCGAGAAGGUGACAUCACCGGAUCACGGCCUAGCUAUCUUAUCGUGCUUAGUCAGAAUCAAUGCGGCUGGACUUGUGACUGUAUUGUGAUUUAUCAUCAGCAACUCCUCAACUCUCAUUGUCAUCCCCCACUCCUCUUCUAUACUUAUCGCUUACGUUAUGGACUGUUGAGAUUCUUUUCGAUCUCAGUU